AUGAAGGUAAUGUUUCCAAAAACAUUAGGUAAAAUAAGUAAACGAGGAGGAAAUCAGACAAGGUUAUUAAUGUUAACAAAUAAAACACCAGGAAAAUUCAUGGACUCAAGAGGGUAUGCAGCUAUUCCAAUGAUGUAUAUAAGAAAUACCAUUAUGAGGUUAAUGUCUACUGAUGUCAAACAAGCUGUUGCUGUUGCAUUAAAGUUUGGACUUGAGAAAGAAAUUUGGGAUGAAAUGGUAAAAAUUGGAAUAAGCCUUGAGAAAGUAGAAUUAUUUAAAAGUGUAUCAACAGCAAACAAAACUAAAUUCACAAAAGAACUAAAACAAGCAACAACUCCUGUGAUUAAAGAAACAAAAGGAAGUUCAAAGAAAACAAAAAAAGAGUCUGAGGAUAAUUUAGAAGAGAUGAGUGAAAGUAUUGAAGAAGACAAUGAACAAAUAUUUGAUGAAGAUAUGUUCUGA